AGAUUGAAUAGUUUAGUUUUGACCCUGUUGGCAUUCAAAUGAAAUAUUGCUGUAAAAUUUUAUAUAAAAUGCUAAACUUUAGCAGCUUAAAUUUCACCUUAUUUGAAUGUGGUUUGCUUUAGAUCAGUCUAAAAGCCUUGCGCAUCAUACACUGUGUUUACUCAUCUCCGGAACCACCACAAGUGCCCUAAUGUCAUGUCUGCAUCACAGCAAAACCUCAGCCACACAUGUGACGACGAAAUUAUUUACGCUGGUGAUUGGGCUUCAGUACAGCUUCUGAAAAGAGUAGGCAGCCAAAGAAAUGAGAGCCUCAAUGAAAAUUCUUCUCUUGUUUACCUUCUGCAAGGUGAUGGUUCAAAUUUUCUAAGAAUUUUACUUCAGUUAUCAAGGAAGGGUUACGUCUGUUCCGAACAAAUCUGUGACUUGUGCUGUUCCAUCUUGGUGGCCUUAGUUGCAAUCCACCCCAACGACUUCAGUAAACACAAAGGAACUUUAACGUUCACGUAUAUUGAUGACAUCACAAAGUACUCGGACGUGACCACCCCAUCUAGUGACCACGAUAUCGUAGCUUUUUAUAACAAUAUACGGCGACAAAGUGCUAAGAAAACAUCAGAAGGAAAAGGUGUAAAAGCAAGUUGGGACAAAAGAAAAAAGAAGUUACGUCACCUUACAGGGCGAUGGUAUGAAGCUUUAUCAACAGAUUGUGAUUCUUCUGAUGGUCAAAGCAACGACAGUAGUGUAAAAAAAUUGCCCCUUCUCUCCAACAUGAUGAGCACUGAAAAUUCUGACAACUUCUUAUUCCACCCCUCCACCACACCUGAACCCCCGAAAAAUGACCCCAGCCCCUCAGAAAACAAGGACCCACCCCCUAACCUGGAAAAUCAAACGACAGAAUCUUCAAAUAAGCCAUUUCAAGGGCCUUUUGAACUUGCCACAGUUUUAUUGGAUUUAUUGGAAAGCUCAUUUUGCUCAAUGCAUCAACGGUCACUACAUGGGAAAUCCCCAAGUCGAGAUGGGUAUUCCCCCAUGUCGGUAGCCAUGCAGCUUGUAUCAGCAAUCACUGCAUUACAGCAAACUAAAGGUUCAUUACCAGCAGAUCCUUGCAAAUACAGUUCUGCGGAAAAUGACAAAUUCAUGUCGCAGAUCUCCUAUGAGGACACCAGGUGGACCCCAGAAUCGCUGAGUCACCUACAGCGACUCGUUCUCCGCACAGUAUUGGUGCUGUGUCAUGUUUCACUGUUAGAAGGCCAAAAUUUACAGGAAAUGAUGAAAAACCAGGCAAUUGAAUCUUUAAUGUCAGUUGCACAGGAUAUUUUAAAGGAAGGGGGAAUGGUUCCCCAUGGAACACUACCACUUAGAAAGAAAUCUUUAGUGACAGUCGCCACAGAUGCCAACCUGAGUGACCAAAGCAUUCCUUGCCCCGAAACGCAACAACCCCCACCAACUAUACCCUCAGUUUCUGUUGAUGAAGUCCCUUCAUUUCUCAACCAAUUCACUACGAAAAACAUGAAUAAAAACACCGGAUACACCUUAAACCCACCGCAAGAGGACUCAGUGAUUCCAGUUUCUUUAUCAUUCGUCGCUGAAAUUAUGAAAGGGCUAUUCAGCCUUCUAACGAGUUGUUUAAAACAAUCCAUGGGGCCAGUUUCCCCGAAACAGCUCACGGAAGUGAUCAUGUUAUUCCACGAGUUUGAUGCUUGUAACGGGUUCUCUGUGUUUUCCAAACUCCUUAUGAGGUUAAACUCUAUCAGUGAAAGGCUUUUUCCUUCAACUGAACCCAUAAGCAGGACUUUAAAAACCUGCACGUUGUCCCCCGUUCACUCUCCAACUAAAACCAGACCUAAACAGUUCGGUCUCUCCCCGAAACUGCCCACAGCAAAACAGUUCUUCGAAAAAGACAACCCAGUUCGUAUUCUAUUCAACGACUUAUUAGGCUCUUUCGAAAAACUAAUAACUUCUGUUCAAAAAUCGAAAGUCGAGUACGUGCAUAGGGUCACAUGCUCCCGUCGAACGCACAGGUCAUGUGACCUCCAUAAACUAGUCCCGUCGCAUCAUGAUAUUUUAGGCGAAGAAUCAAAACUCAGGAUGAAAGUCUCACGCCCCAACACAAAUAGUGAUCUACAAAGCAAACCACAAGUAAUCUACCCACUGAAACCUGAUUAUUCAACUACCAAACAUGCUAGAACGACAAGUGGCAGGCACGAAGAACCGACUUGUAUUAUCGCAACCUGUGUCCAAUUCCUGGUAAACACUCUUGUCAACCUAAGCCCCAAUUCCUCAUGUGUCCGACAUACGCUUCGGACACUGGAUAAAGUUGGUGUGUGUCAGUGUCAAGCUGUCACCCUAAUAGUUACACCUCUUCUUACACACUUGGAGUGCUGGAGCGAUAAAAUGCAAAACGCUAUGCUGGGAUACGUGGGCAAAAUUUUGCUCUACCAUUUUAUGGGGAGUAAAACAACACCCAAUAGUGAAAAUCUCUCGUCUUUUUUCAUCAACAUACCAACGGCAUGGUUGUUGAAACCGAUAUCGUUAUCUACUGAUCCGUUAAAACUAGCGAACAAGAAAGGCAAAAACUGGAGACGCUCGCUUCCCAUCGAUGUGUCUUCCUCAUCAGAGUCCUCUGCAUCCGAGAUCUCAGCAGAAGAAUCCUUCUUCUUGUACAAUCUCUCGCAUCCCUGGUUGUGUCUUGUGAUGUACAGGAAGCUUCUCGCAUCUUCUGAUCCGGAUCUAUCUCUUAAAGUCGCUCUUCAUCUCCAAACCCUCUCCCCGCAUCUCCCGGAGGAAUCAAAGAUGUCCCUCUCUUCCCUAGUCCUCCUACCCAUCCUCUGCUCUUCCUCUGGGAUCAAAUACAGCCUGAUGCGCAAGGAGCUCUGCUCUACAGGCGAAGUCUUCCGGGAAGAGAUCCUCUCCAUAAUCCUCUGCAUCCUCCUUCGGUAUCUCGAGUCCUCCGACCCCUGCCGAGCGAUCUUCUUACGACACGGAGGACUUAAAGCGGUGAACAAAAUCCUCUCUCAUCCAAAACACUCUUCCCAAGAUGCGGAUUUUUCUGACCACAUCCGGGAUCUGGUCUUCCACCUCGGACGUGCGUAUCUGACAUCAGUGACUAUUCUCUCCCCGGACGUAUCUGUUGCAGUAUUCUCCUAUUACAAGAAGCCACCCCCCUUACUCAAACAACACAGCACGGAACCCACAUCCGAUAAUUCAGUAGCUGGCCCAAUGAAGACAUUUCUCCGUGGAUUUUCUUGGGGAAGUGAAAAAUUCCGCACAGACGCGCAAGAACGCUCCACAAGUCUUGGCUCUUUAAGGCAGAAACAGGAAAACAAAUCGCAAAUAAAUCGUGACAACCAGUUAACCUACACCUCAACGAGCAUCGACGAGCUUUCAGUCUACUAUACCGAGCUCCGUAAAUUCGUGCGCGUCGCUCUAGCGCUUUCAGGUGCCUCCACAAACGAUCGUGCUAAAGAAAAGGCCAAAAAAUCAAAGAAUUUUAACUUUGCUCGCGCUUUAAGCGGCGAAUCAACUGACUCUGACCCUGAGUUUCGAUCACGCCCUCGUACCCGAAAUCUCUCUGAAACGUCAGGGUAUAGAUCCACUAGCCCUGAGUCCCUCAAUCAUUCAAUCUCCAACGAAAUUCGCUCAAUUAGCAGUAGAAGUAAUAACUCCACGCUCAGUUACAUUUCUGAUAGCGUCUCACUUCCAAGCGACACCGAUACCUUUGCCUGGCAGCAGUUAGUCAACUACUGGCAAGUCCUAGGCCUCUCUGUGCCCAUGGAUAACCAGAUCAGCACUUCAUUUGUAGAACUGAACGGUUUCGAGGUGGCCCUCAAACUUCUAACUAUGAUUUCAACCAGUUUAAACGAGUAUUACCUCUCGGAAAUGAAUUUUACUUUCGCAACGCAAGAUAACACGGCUGCAGGCAGCGUUUUGGAUAAAAGCAUCUCGUCUUCUUCUUUAGAGAGUCCAACAUCCAAUGAUAAUCCGCUCACUGCUCCCAAAACUCCUCCGAAAAUCUUCCUCGCAGAGGAGCACUCCCAAGAGGAAGAGAUGCCUUUUUCCUCAAGCCCAAAAGAUGUUGAUCUUCAGGAGCCAUCAACUCUCACUCACUCACAUCCGACGAUCGAUGUAUCUUCAGUUGAUGAUCUUCCGGAUGUUCCGGACUUUGGAGACGCAGCAACGGACUUGAAACUGGUCGAAAUGAAACUGAACCUCUUCUGCUCUUGUUUAAGAGUUUGUCUGUUCUGUUCAAGGAGAACUGACCAGUUUGAGAUUGAUGUUGAUGACAUCAUCAGCUCGUUACGACCCACUUUAACUGGAAAACUCUCGUCCACGUAUUUCGGAACCCAACUUUUCAGCUCCAUGUUUCAAGCUGCUAUCAGUCCUGUGUCAGAAACAGCAGAUGUUUUGCCAAAGUUAACCACUGUCCUACAAGGCCUACAACGUGUAAUUACCAGCGGUGGGUCAACUACAAGAAGCCGUACGUCCACUUGUCACAGUCGUAGCAAUUCAGCGUCAAUUGCCAUCAACCUUAUGGAGGAAAUAAACAACCUCGAUGACGACAAUGAUUAUGACUCGGAAUCGGACGAUUCUACCACCGGAGGGUAUGAGGGAGACUCCGAACAUGGAUUGAAUAAAACACCUAUUGCUGUUCCUUUCAAAAGAUGGCUUGAUCUUCCUCAAACGGAUGGGUUAAGGGGGUUUCCCAACCCCUCAUUUAUGCGGAAUAACCUUGAGUUCACCCCCGGCCCCCUACUUCACCCUGAACUGCUCUUAUUGGCGGUAGAACUGCUCGGCAGCAAGGCAGACCAUCAAAACAGAAAUCACGCCGAUUCAGAUUUGGAAAUUCUGAAAGAAAAAUUUGCUGCUAAUGCUGAACCGUUACGGUCCGUUGAUUCUGACGUCCGAGAUUGUUUGAUUGAUUCGGUUGGCCGAGCACUGACGCGCUUGGCUGGUUUCUCGAAACAAAAUUUAGACAAAAUGGCCAAAAGUGAUUUUGCAUCUGCUUGUAUUGAAAAUUUAAGUGAUGUUCUAAGCAGUGAUAAACUGCAUUGGAAAAGACACCGAGAUAUCAUAUUCUCAUUAUGUAUGACGCUAACCAAGCAUUACAUGACUUCUAAACAUCUGCGGUUGAUUCUGUCGUUGUUUAACUCAUCAAGUCCACCAUUGCAAGAGCUUUUGACUUGCCUCCUGGACCUGGUCGAGCAGCAAGAGUUCGGACCCAAUUUCUGUCUCACUUUUUCUUGGAAGAACGUGAGGAUGGAGGAGCCAACAUCCGGACUCCCAUCUGAUUCAGAGUCGGACUCUGAGAGUUUAAGUUUGGAUGAAAUUGUCCACACGAUGUCCUCCCAGAGGAGUUUGACAGUUUGGAGGGUGGCACCCUUGCAUAUGCAACUUGAGAAUCAUAUUAUGUGGCCACCACUUGAUUCUGGUGUCACGAUAUCUCUAUGGUUACGAGUUGGGAUGCUUAAUCCACACGACUGCGGUUGCUAUACCAACAGUUGGACUGAGGGUCAUGUGAUCAUGGUGGAAUCGGAAGAGCGUGACCAAGUCUCGUCACAGUCGAGUCCGUACGUCCACUUGGUGUCCAUCGGCAGCAAACAAACAAUGUUACAAGUAUGGAUGGAAAACUCAACCCUAAUAUUCAGGGUAUGUGUGGAUCCAAAUGACGAGAAACCAGUAGGUGUCCUCGCUCAAACGGAAUGUGCAAAUUUUCUGCAACCCAACCAAUGGCAACAUCUAACUAUGACGUACACAGAAAGCAGAAUGCCUGACAAGGCAAUUCUUGGUAAAGUUCACCUCAUUCUUGAUUGCUUCAUUGAAACGGACGUUAUUCUCGAGUUUAAUCUCCCGCAAGUCGCAACAAAGUCUGGUUUAUCCUCGUGGAGACAAACGAACCCCAACCCUCAACUUGCAAUGCAGAAAGCCACGUUUUUUCUUGGACAUUAUGACAAACUUCAUGUUAAUUAUACUAAAUCUGAUGACAUCACAAUGACAUCAUCAACGAUAUCUGUCGGCAACAUAAUGAUUUUUAACUUAGCGACGUUUUCAUGCCAGUCAGCAUUCGCUAUUGAGCAACUGGGUUCUGACGCUUGCUGUUUUACUGACUGUUUGACUGACAGUUUAAAGACCAACCCCAGCAUAGAUUCUAGGAUAAGGUUCGUUAACAGCGAUGCCAACCCCAAAAUAACCCCAGAAAGAGGGGUAACCCCCUCACCCCGACUAUUCAAACUCUUACCCCAAACUUUUAACUCGGACCUUAUCAACGAUGAAGUUAUUACCGGAGAAAUCAGACCAGAUUUUAAAACAUUACAGGAUGCAUUAGUGUUAACAUACACUCCAUGUGAGCCAAUGAUAUUCCAUCGUCAUUCUGUUGCCGCCCCUGCCACGCCCACAAAGAAGCGGAAAUUAUUCCGUCGAGCAACCCCAGACUCGUUAAACUUGACCCCUGACCCUUCACCCCUCGUGCACUCUAGCGAGAAAGUAAAAGUGCGCAAGCCGCACAAGGAGCACAUCGUGCCAAAUGUGUACUCAGGCCUUAACAGAGCAUUAAGCCAGGUUGGAGGCAUCCAUGUUUUUUUACUCUUGUAUCCCAAAGUGAUUGAAAUUACAUCUUCACUGAGUCAUUUGUCCUCCGAUGCACGUGAGGAGCUUCAAGUCCUCGCUCUUCGUUCGUUGCUCCAUCUGCGCGCUAGCGACACCAAGAGGAGAAGAGAAUUUCUUACGAGCGGUGUUUCCUCAAUGUUGCAGAAGGUGAUGACAAAGAGUGAUUGCGUGGUUGGAUUCCGGACACUUGAGGAGCUAAUGAACUCUGUUUGUUCAGAAACCGUGAUUCAAAGUUACGCAUCAGUUAACAACAAAGUGGAAUUUCAGAUCAACCUAGAAAAUUCCGGUUUAAUCCAUGACCACGAACUACUAACCACUUUCAUCCUGGAUUGGAAAAUUUGGCACAAAGCAAAAAAUCUUGAAGGUGAAGAAGACUUCAGUGUAUGGACAUUAUUGCUUCAAUCAUUGGAAAGCCUUAUAAGAGAUGAUCAUAUUUAUCAAUGGUUUAAUAUAAAAGCUCUUCUGCGUGCUAAGAUGGUCGAAAAAUUAUUAAACAAUAUUCAAGAAAUGUUAAACGCCGACGUUACCCCGUUUCACCCCCACAACUUAUCAUUUCUAUGGUUUCGGUGAUCCGAGGGGUCAUAGGGUCACCACCGGACGUCAGUAUUUUAUCGGCAAUUUGCGAUUUUCUUAUCGCAGUUCAUGCACCUGCAGCAACUUUUGUCUGCCAUUCCACCACCAGUUUCUACUUCAGUUUAACAAACCGGAAAUUUCCCGUUUCGCCGAGAAAGCCACAAAAUGUUGGAUCAAAAUUCGGCCGCUCGUUAGAGAAUUUAAGAAAGUUUCAAAAUAAUCAAG